GACUGCUUUGCCUUGGAUCUUAAGAACUCAGAAACAGUAAUAAGAUAAUUAGAAACAAUCAUUAGCUUAACAUAGCAUGUUAUACAUAACAUGAUCGGUUUGAUUUUAGUUUAAUGUUUUAUGCAAAGAAAUCUACAGUGGCUUAUACUCUUAAGUGUUGGUGAAUCCAGUUAAUUCCAAUUUAAUAUGCAAAUCAUGGUUAAGAAAACUUGCUUAGUGUUAUGUAUGUGAAACUGCCACAUCACUUGUACAGAUAAUGUUGUUUUGAAGCUAGAAUUUGAAACAGGGAUGUUUUUCUUCUAGCUCAUGAUAUACCUGCAAAUUGGAACUAUUUGCCUACUGCAAUUUCUUUGCAUUUUCAGUGCGAACAUAUUGGGUUAUUGCCAUAGAUCAUGCUGCGCUAGGAGACCAGUAAGAUGCUGCAUCUGAUUUUUAUUUAGGAUUGUUUUGCUGACUGCAGCUUAAAUUAUCUAGCUUAGAUGUAUAGUUCAGUGUGUGGCUGUCAUUAGUAACGUGGUUUUCUUUUAGGAACAGCAUAAUUGAACUAAGCCUCUAGAUGAGAUGACAUUUUACUUUAUAGUUUGGGAUGAUAUUCCUCCCAUCCACCCCAUGCCCUCCCAACAGUUUUAAGCAAAUUCUCUGGUGUCUAUUUAUUUUGUAAAUGUAUUUUUAGAGACUCCACCAGUAAAAGCUUUUCUAAGCUGGAUAUUCCAGUGUAGUCUUUUCAGGGAUAAGAAUGAGUCACCUUAAAUAAUUACCAAAAUUUGGGAUAUUGAAGGCAGCCAAAUGUGUUCUAAAAGCUGCAUCAGCAGCAGUCACUAAAUUUCUCAUUGUUUUCAUGAUUUUUAAAACCAUGAUUUUUAAAACCAUUUUUAUAACAAGCUUGAGGUUCCCCCCUCCUUAUUUCUUGUUUUUUUUUUCCCCACCCACAUUCUGGAUUCCAAGCAUGAAAUGCACAAUAUCUCGGUAUGCUGUGCAGAGCACGUUUACAGGAUAAAUGUAGGUUUAAAAUAAUCCUCCCAGCUAUCUCUCCCAAAAGCCUGCUGGGAGGUACCUGCCAAUAUUUUAAAAUACAAGAAAGGCAAGAUUUAGGGCACUUGCAGAUGGAGAAUUUGAGAAAUGGAUAUGUCAGCUUUCUGAUCUCGGCUUUUCUGAUUAAAUAUUAAAGCCACUGAUUAUCACAUAAAACCAAUCAAGCUGUUUAAAGGUUGCAGCCCUUCUGCCAAUAGUUUGCAGUCAAUACCCACAAAGGAUUUGUUUUGUCUUAUUCGGAAGAAACUGCAUAGCCUCCUUGAGAAAAAUGCCAUCCGUGUUGUCUCCCUCUUUCUCUACAUUGUCACUGCUUUCCACUUGUCUAACCAUACUGAGGAGAAAUGUUAAGCAAGUAUAUUCUUUCUCCCUUGUUCUGUGAGCGUUUCUGGUCUCAGGUGAACAAGCAGUGAAACAAGAAUGAGGACAGCUGAAGAAUUAAGAGGCUCUGUGGUGGUUUUCCUAGCUGCAGGCCUUUUAGUUCCAUUGGGACUAUAAAUAUUAUCAUCCAGUUUGGAGGAGGCACAAAAUUAUGUAUGCAACCCAUCAGUGGUAGCACCCAUUUUGUAGCACUGAAUUAUGGAGACUGAAACUGUGCCCUCGCAGGAAGCUUCCCUGACUGUUAAUGAACAGGUGAUUGUGAUGUCAGGACAUGAGACAAUUAGGGUACUGGAAGUGGGAGUAGAUGCUCCAGUCUCAAUAAAAAAUGAAGGGAAAACGCUGAAAGCAACAGAUGCAGCAGCUGGAGGAGAGGAUUCUGCAAACUGCCCUCCAGAAUCAAGUAAAACAGGACAGGAAAGGGUACAACAAAACCCAGAGAAAGCAUGCAGAGAAUCAAGUGGUGAAGUCAAGGCAUUGCCUGAAAUAACACCUGUGCCUAUCCCAGGAAUUGUGCCAUUUAGCCAAGUGACAAGCCAACCAACACCAACUUUAACUCCUGUCACAGUGCAAGCGGCACCACAGGUCUUGACUCAGGAAAACUUAGCAACAGUUGUGACAGGCGUAAUGGUUCCAGCAGGGGCAGUUACUCAACCUCUUCUUAUCCCCAUCAGUAUUGCAGGUCAAGUGGCAAGUCAGCAGGGGCUGGCUGUGUGGACAUUUCCUGCAGCAACGGUGGCUGCCCUCCCAGGACUGACGGCUGCCUCUCCUACUGGGGGAAUUUUCAAAUCACCUAUAGCCAAUUUGCAAGCCACUGCAGUGCUGAACACAGCAGUACAAACCCCUUUGCAGCCAGCCCAACCUUUCCAGGCACAGCCAACGGCUCAGCCCCGGCCAUCCAUCCAAACGCAGACUGUGUUCCAGCCACCAGCUCAGACAACUCUUUUGUCACAGCCAACCGCAACAGCCGCUCCACCUGCCGCCAAGCCACUGGAAACUCCGACACAGAUCACGGUUCAACCAGCGGGAUUUGCAGGAAUAAUCAGUGCAGCUUCUCUUGGAGCCCCAACCCAGCUGCUUAGCUCACUAGCUGCCACGCCUGUCAUUGCAAACACCAUUCCUAGUGUGCAAGGAAUAACUGGACAAAUUCUGACGAAUGCUCAAGGGCAAGUUAUUGGAACUCUUCCAUGGGUAGUGAACCCAACCGGAAUUGCAACGGCAACUCCUGCCCCUGCUACGUUGCCGGCACAAAAUCUACAAGUCCAGGCGGUGACACCCCAGCUGCUUUUAAAUGCCCAAGGUCAGGUCAUCGCCACCUUGGCUAGCACCAUCCAGACAGCAACCACUGUCAGGAAAUCAACUCCCCCAGAAUCUCCUGCCAAGAGCGAGGUCCAGCCAAUUCAGCCUGCCCCAGCUCUCUCACAGCCAACUGUGGUCCUUGCAAGUCCUCCCCCAGCAUCCAAACUAGCUUCCACUCCUGUCCCCAUCACCUGCUCAGAGACACCAACUGUCAGCCAGCUGGUUUCAAAGCCUCAACCUUCAAGUAGUGGAAAUGAUGAAGAUGGCAUAAACCUGGAGGAGAUCAGAGAGUUUGCCAAGAACUUUAAGAUUCGACGUCUCUCUCUGGGUCUCACCCAAACCCAGGUGGGGCAGGCAUUAACUGCCACUGAAGGACCUGCAUACAGCCAGUCUGCUAUAUGCAGAUUCGAAAAGUUGGACAUCACCCCCAAGAGUGCCCAGAAGCUAAAGCCUGUGCUGGAGAAGUGGCUGAGUGAAGCUGAGCUUCGGAAUCAGGAAGGCCAGCAGAACCUGAUGGAGUUUGUGGGUGGGGAGCCUUCCAAGAAGCGGAAACGCCGCACUUCUUUCACCCCACAGGCCAUUGAGGCCCUCAACGCCUAUUUUGAGAAAAACACCCUCCCUACCGGCCAUGAAAUCACCGAGAUCGCCAAGGAGCUCAAUUAUGACCGGGAAGUGGUCCGGGUUUGGUUCUGCAACCGGCGACAGACACUCAAAAACACCAGCAAACUCAACGUCUUUCAGAUCCCUUGAGGGCUGGAGCUCAAAGUGAGAAUCUCCCUUUCCCUACCUGGCUGCCGUGAGCACUUUGUGGCUAAGUCUCUCCCUCCCCCCCCACCCCCCGCCACCUGUUUAUAGUGAUGACUGAAGUGAAAGAGGGGAGAUCUCCUCGUGUUUUAUUGUGCCCCAGCCUGCUGCUUCCUUCCUCUCUGACGUUGCACCGAGCUGUGAAGGCUUAGGAGUCCGUUGGCGUUUAACUUCCUUCUGUGUCAGACAAAUCAUGGUCAAUUGAAAGGAAAAAGGUUCUCCUCGCCUAGUUUGUGUGCGUUUUUUCUUUUUCUUUUUGAAGGUGGCAUUAGGAUUGCCACCAGCAUAGCAUCCACCAGGAAGGAUGGGGAAAACCCUGUAUGAUUUGAGUCACUUUUCAUAGCGAUUUCCUAUCCAGCAACAAAAUCUGCUAAUCGUACCUAAGCAGAACUGUGGCAUAAUUUAUAUCUCCCUUUCUGUAUGGAUAUUACUGUGACGACAGAGCACUAUUAAACUGAAAGGUUUUUUGUUUUUUUUCACCUACCAAAAUCUUGACGUUUAGUAUCCUGGUUCCCUGUUGAUUCUUUUAUUUUAAGACUGAUUUGCCAGUUAAAGAUUCCCUUCCAGAAGAAUGCUGAGGAGAAGAAAAAGGAGGCAGGUGCAAUUGUUUAUAUCUUGGGAUAUUGUAUGCCUCUUGGCAAUCUCAUGCCAGCAGAGCACCACUACAAGUAACAAGUAGUCCUGGGCCUAGCUUACUACAGGGGCAAGGAGGAUCUAUCUAAACAGUGAGAAGAGAGGAACACAGAAAACUGCCUUACACUGGUCCAUCUGUUGUAUGAAUGUCAGCUUUGCCUGGCUUCAACUCAGCCUACAGUUUUUAAGCAGUUUGUCCAAUGCGACCUGCCAAUAUAGGUAGGCCUCGUUUAGUGACUGUUUGCACUUACAACAGUGAUGAAAAAGCAGCUUUGCGACUCCUCCUUUAUACUUACCACCUUUACCACAGUCAUUCUUUCACUAAGCAAGUGCUUUGCUCCACAAUAGAAUUGGCGGUUCCAGUCAUGUCUAAAUGAGGACUAUCUGUACCAGGGAUUCAGCUGGGAACCCUCCUGCAUAUAGGUAGUUCUCGAUUUAGGAUCACAAUUGAGCCCAACAUUUCUGUUGCUAAGUGAGACAGUUGUUAAGUGAGUUUGGUCCCCAUUUAUGGACUUUCUUGCCACAGCUGUUAAGUGGAUCACUGCCGUUAUUAAGUUAGUAACAUGGUUGUUAGGUGAAUCUGGCUUCCUCAUUGAUUUGGCUUAUCCCGAAGGAUGCAAAAGGGAUCACAUGACCUUGGGGACACAGCAGUGUGUCACAUGACCUUGGGGACACAGAACCAGUUGCCAAGCAUCUCAAUUUUCAUCACAUGAUCAUGGGGAUGCUGGAAAGGUCGUAACUGAAAAACGAGCAUAAGUCAUGUUUUUCAGUGCCGCUGUAACUGAACGGUCACUAAACAACUAUUGUAAGUCAAGGAUUACCUGUAUAAGGCUAGUAUUCCACCACUGAGCCCUUUCCUUGCAGUGAGGAAACCCUUUGAUGAUGGCUUUCCAAAAUCCAGCAAGAUCAUUGGCUGUUCAACCCCUUGAGCAGAUGGUCCUGAUUUGGAACAAAUCAGAGCUUAGAGGACUAGGACAGGUGGGAGUCACGGCAGGCACCUGGCCUUCUUCCAGCAGUACUUGAAGUGCUUGCUUCAUGGGAGGGCUCCAUUGAAAAGAACGUAACAAUGCUAUCAUCUAUACAGUAAAGCUAUUGAUUAAAGAGGGUGGGAGGAAUAUGGCCGUGUCCUUGAAAUGGGGUUAUGUCAGCCACACUUGGUAGACCAGAUGAGGAAAUCAACUCUAUAGGAAAACCAGAAUUAACUUUAUUGAGAUUGGCUACUAUAAAAAGAAACUUGCAAGUCCAAUUGUGUUGUACCUUCCUUCCCACCAUACUACAGUACAAUACUACAGUACAGUACCCACUGUACUUACAAUAGUGGCCAAAAUUGUGGAAACCUUUUGGGAAAAGUGUAUUUUCUAAAACUAGCUAAUAACGCCACUUUUUUUUUUUUUUUUUUUGGAGUAGUACCAUAAAAUUAUACAUCAAUGGGAAGAUAACUUAAUCAAGAAUGUAAUGCAAUAACUUUUAUGAAGGAUUUGCUAUUAGAAUAGCAGUUACAGGAUAAAGAAGAAAAGGGAAACACGUAGAAAAAAUGAGGUAUACAAAAAUUAUCACCAUAGAAAAAACGAGAUGUACAAAAAUUAUCACGUCAGUUAAUAGUUGGGUAACCUUUAGCAGAAUUACGGCCUUACGAUGUCUUCCCAUAGAGCGAACCAAGUCUUUUAGUUCUGCAGCUGUUCUAAUGUGAAACCAAGAUUGAAUGAUUGCUUCUAUUAACUGGGUUUUAUUGCUGGGUCCCUUCUGACUAACAAGUUUCUUUAGUUGGCUCCAUAGAUUUUCAAUUGGGUUAAGGUUUGGGCUAUUCCUAGGCCAUUCCAGCAGUGGAAUAGGAUUAUCUUGAAACUCCCAAAAAAAAGUGGUGUCAUUAGUCAUCAAACCUCAAAAAUACACUUUCCCCAAAAGGUUUCCACAAUUUUGGCCACUGCUGUAUUCUCCAGGACAUUAGAGGCUACUUCCUAAUAUUUCUCAGAUAUUAAAAGAUAUUUCAGCCCCCUCUGCUUAGGCUUUACUUAUUUCUUUCAAGGUCAUCUUCUCAAUUCUCUACACAGGUAUCGACAAAAAUUAAAACAGCGUUUACAACCUGAGUUAAUCUUGCCCUAUUGAAUCCCUCAGUCUGGUUUCUCUUCCUGCCUCCCCAACGUUUUUGAGACCAUUCAACACAUUUCACCUUUAACUUUUAAAAAUACACGAACAGAGUUGCACACUGUAGCACAGAGCUCAUUUCUUAGGGAGAAACAAUCAUUUUCUCUCUUUUUUAGUAGUGAUCUUGCAUCAAGAAAGAAGACUGCUGAGGGGUAAUUCAUGACACAAAGCCCUUCCAAUACAUGCACAAUUGAUGUGGCAUUACAGAUAAUACAGAAAUUGUAUUAUUACUUAUGGUGCAUGUAAAAAGUAAGUGUCUGGGGAGGUCUGUUAAAGAAAAAACAAAAAUGAUUCUUUUAUUCAACAUUGCAUUAAAUAAAGUCAUGUUUUUUCCUACCAGAA